GCAAACGUCAAACGCAAGUGUUUUGAUAGCAGCGCGGCGCGGCGUGCAUCAACAUAACAAAACAACGCGAUUUUGGUGCGGCAUUUUUCUCUCCAACUUUAAAAGUUGAUUUUCGCCGGGAAAAAUUGUGAAUUCGUUUAUAACUUGGCAGAUAAAUUAGACGCUCGCCGCCCGCGCCCAAACAAUGGUCACCAUCGGUGAAGCUUACGCGCCGGUCGACGGCAUCGUCUACUCGGCCGAGGACGUCAAGGUCAAGAUCGGGGAUAGCUUGAUUGGCCCGUCGGGGGAACUGCAUUUAACGGAAAGCUCUCUUAUUUGGACGUGCGAGGAACGCAACAGCAGCAUUGCUAUUCCGUGGCCACGCGUCGGCGUCCAGGCCGUGUCGUCCAACCCGGACAAGUGCAUCUACCUGAUGCUGGACAUCAACCUGGUCUGGCCGGGCUUUUACGAGGGCCGACCCCAGAACAACGGCAACGGAGUGGGACCGGGAGGCGAUGGGGAGCAACAGAACGGUGGUGGCGAGGAAGAGGACGACGCCGACGAGGGUCACGAGUCGGACGGGUCGGAGAACGAGAUGACGGAAAUGUGGCUGCUGCCGUCGGCGCCCGCCAUCGUGGACCAGAUCUACAGCGCGAUGCGCGAGUGCCAGGCCCUCAAUCCGGACCCGGGCACGGUCAGCGAGGACGAGGACUACAUGGAAGCGGAGGAGGAGGAUCUGCAGGAGGUGGACGAGAUGAGGAAUUUGCAGCUGGAUGACGAGGACAAGUUUGCCGAUGCCGAGGAGUGAAGCUGCUUGAAAUUCGAACAUCCCCCCACAGAGAAUCUGCACUGCAAGCAAAACCCCGGUUCCUUUUUGCGCGAGAACAAUUUCUCACCCGCCAACAACCAUCUCUAUUUGUAUUGUGUGUCUUGGGCAAUUUAGGUUUUAAACAGAAACAUUAUUCCAUGUUAGAGCGCUCUGCGAGAAAAAAAUGUCGCGCGUAUCCAAACCUUGAUGAAUUUACCUUAAGAAAAAGAGAAAGCAAAUAAAACGUUUAAAAUAAAGCUUUGAAGCGAA